CCCUGGUUUAUUCUCUUCAACCCUUUCAGUGCCCUGACUGGGAACUCAACGGUGACCUCCUGGUUCUUAGGUCGAGGCUCAACCACUGAGCCACACGGGCAGGGCACGUGUGGAUUUCUUAAGAUUGUGAAGCGGUUAAUAAGAGCGAAUGCGUAAUAAAAUAUUUUGUAAACCAAGGCAGAACUACAUCAAUUUGGGCCGAAAUUACAGCCCGGCGUUCUUGGCCGGGUCUGCCCGGCAGCGGUGCGCAGGCGCGGGGAAGAGCCCUCCGAGGAGCGGGAACCGCUCAGCCGAGUGUGCGCGCGCGGCCCCCACACGUCACCGCCGAGGGCGGCCCUGUUGCCUUGGCGACGGUUUCGCGGCUCAGGGCCGCAACCAGCAGCUCCUCCUCAUCGCGAGACCCGCCGGGCGAGAAGCCCCGGCCAUGGCUUCGUCGGGGGCUGCGUCCGUCUCCGCGGGUGUGUCCGUCUCUGGGACAGAGGGGACGCUUGUAGCUGACAAGAUCUCUGGGAAGUCCGAGAACACCUAUAUUCUGCGGCCCGUGUUCCAGCAAAGGCGGGUACAGGACGGGUUGCGGCGGGGCGACCUGCGGGACUGCUGGGCCGGGCAGGCAGAGCUCGCCUGGAAGCAAUGGGUGUCGGGCAGGAUCCCGGGGAGAGGGAGAUUUGUUAUUACAAUGGGAUUUGACCGAUAUAAAAUGGUGGUGCAAGUAGUUAUUGGAGAACAAAGAGGUGAAGGAGUAUUCAUGGCUGCCCGCUGUUUCUGGGAUGCUGACACUGACAACUACAUUCAUGAUGUUUUUAUGAAUGACAGUUUGUUCUGUGUUGUAGCAGCAUUUGGUUGUUUCUACUAUUGAACAUUUGAAAGCUGGGAAAAGGUAUGACUAUGAAGAAAUAUGAACUUUUUAUAUUGUUAAAUAUCUUGACAAAAUAAAGAUAACUUGGCAGUUUGGCAACUGA